AUCCGGGUUGCGUCUGGACUGGUUACUCUAUGGUUGUCCCCGCGCUUCCUCUCUAGCCGCUCGCGCUCUAUGCUCCGCGGUCGCCGGCCGCCCGCCGCCCGCCGGCCCGCCGCGAAGGGUGCGCAGAGGGAGGCGGGGCGGGAAGGUAGGAGGUGUCUCCUCCACGGGAGCGGCGGGAGACCGGUGCAGACUCUGUGACAGCGCCUCGGCCGCCAUGUCAGCAAGCGGGGCUGGAGACAGACCCGGCGCGCGGCCGUAGCUCUCCGGUCGCCUCCGACUCCCAGACAUGGAAGGACUUUCAUGAAACAUAAAUGGUUCCACAAAAGAUGCUCUAAUGGAUGACAGCGAAACUCCUACAUAUGAUCUGCAGAUAGAACCACAAGAUGGGUGUCAUCCUGGUGACGGCGUGUCAAGUACAGUAACACGCUUGCCUUCGGCAUCUGAUGAAAAUGAGAAUCGGCUUGACGGGGACGGUCAGGAGGGUCUGAGCCCAGACACCCAUGUCAUGGGCAGACCUGAAGCCAGCGAGCAGGACAGUCUCAACAAUAACGAAAGCUGCACACCCAGCUGUGAGGUGGCUGUGUGUGAGAACUCGGUGGACACUCCCUAUGAAAGCCCCAAGGAUGGGCAGGCCUCCGUGGGAAGGGACAAAAAAAUACCCGGAAGAAGAAGCUCCAGAACCAAAAGGGGCACCACGAAGAAGAUAGCACAAGUGCUCUUUGAUUUAUGCUACUCUGUCCCAGCAAAGAAUGUUAUCUUAAGAGGACUGUCUUCAGGAGACACCACGCCUUUAACACAUGACAGCGCCCUGAGUGCCUCCGCACAUGCUGUCAGUGACGAAGAGUCUGUGGAAGUAAAUGCAAAUGAUCCAGCAGAAGCCCCAAAGCUCGUUCUUCAGUAUCUGUUCUCACUCAUCCAAGGUGAAGUGGAGCAGGUGGAUUCAAGAGCACUUCCCCUCUGCCUUCACCAGAUAGCAGAGUCGUAUUUCCAGGAGGAAGACUAUGAGAAAGCAAUGAAAUUCAUUCAGCUUGAGCGACUGUAUCAUGAGAAAUUGCUCGCAAAUCUCUCUGCCAUUCAAGAAGAAUGGGAAACAAAAUGGAAAACUGUACAGCCACCUACAGUUCCAUCUCUAAGGAAUUCAGAAAAAGGAUUUAAUGGUGAAGAUUUUGAACGGCUUACCAAAUUUUGCUCAACACAUCAAGAUCCUGUUUUAUCCAAACAUAAGAGAGCAGCCAUAGAAAAGCCUCUGGGAAGGAAAUGCUUUACUCCCUUAAUAGUUUCUGAAGAUCCAAAUGAAAGCGGAGCCACAGCCAAAGAGCCGGAGAGUGAAAGUUGUCCUGGCGGGGAGCCCGGGAGGGCGAGCCCGGAGAGCGGCGGCUGCGGUCAUCAGAUGGACAGGCAGGCCGAGCCCCCGAGCCUUCUGGUAGCUGCGGGCCAGGACCGCGCGGCGGAGCUGCGCGCCCAGCCUCCGGGGGCGGCGGGGAGCGCAUCCGAGGGCGCCCGCGAGGGUGGCAGCCGCCUGCAGCCGGCGCAGACGGACGCCGGCCGGGGUGCGGCCCGCCUCGCGGAGCCCGGAGCCACGCUUCCCGGCGAGUCGAUGCCGGAGCCCUCGACCUUCCCAGGCCCCGAGCUCACACCCCCCGCGCCCAGUUCCCAGGGAAGAUACUCACAGACUCAAAGGAAGGAGCUCCGUUUGCCACUUAAGGAUGCUUCCGAGGCGUGGCCCACGGACCGACUUGAAAGCAGUGGAUUACGUGAGCCGCAGCAACCUGAUCUCACCGGCAGCGAUGGAAAAUCACCCCGGGGGCCGCCGGGCUCCGAGAGGGUCCCCCGGGAGCGCACUGAAGUACCCGCCGGGCUGCUAGAGCCGUGCAUGGCCCCGGAGGGAGGGGGCGGCGAGGACGACCCGGUCAGUACGGAAACAGAAGACUAUUUGCACAGCUUUCUCCAAGGAUGCUUAAAAGAUUCUGAAGACUUCCUGUCAUGUGAAGACCAAGAGGAAGACUCGGACCUCCUUCCAGAUCUUUCUCCUGAAGAAGCCUCCUACAGUCUGCAGGAGAAUCUGCCUUCUGACGAGAGCUGUCUCUCUCUGGAUGAUCUCGCAAAAAGGAUCCAGAUUGCAGAGGUUGUUCCUGCCGAAGGACUGGUCUCUAUAUUAAAGAAGAGGAAUGACAGUGUAGGCCACCCCGCCCAGAUGCAGCAGAAACCAUCAAAACGAAGAGUGAGGUUCCAGGAAAUAGACGAUGGCUUAGAUCAAGACGAAGUCGGAGGCGGCUCCUGCAUUUUGCUGGUCUUGCUGUGCAUAGCAACGGUCUUCCUCAGUGUCGGAGGGACUGCCUUGUACUGCACUUUCGGUGACAUGGAGUCGCCCGUCUGUACGGACUUUGCGGACAACAUGGACUUCUAUUACACCAAGUUAGUGCAGGGAAUGGCAGAACUUAAACACUGGAUCUACCUCUCCUAGCAGCACUCAGAGGCAGUGAGGAUCAAAGAGCGAACCUUUCUAAGCAGCUUUUAUUUUAGGAGUUCUGUAACAGGCGCCCCCUUCCCCUGGAGAGGUACCCCGGACAUCGGCAACGGCAGCUAUAAGUGGCCACGCAGAGGACCAUCGUCCGCCUUGCGAGCAGAUGUUGGUCUAAGUGUUGUGGAUGGAAAGAAUGGCCUUUGGAGAGCGUGUCCCUUCCUCUGUGCCACUUCCUGGCCUGCUGAACUACCUGGAGCAGAAUUAAAGGAGCCGUAUUGGAGCCUCGCCAUUUUUAGCUGCCUUGUUCAAGCUCAUGGUUAUCACCAAGGACACUUUCGGUUCCCGUUCGUUGGUCCAAAAACAUUGCUUCCAGCCAUCACGCAAUAAGUUUGUGUAUAAUCAAGAGGAGUUACUUUACGGUUUCAUCGUCUUUUUUUAGUUAACCUUGGGCGCUGUGUAAUCUAGGCUUCGUGCGUUAAUGCCACAUUCCGUUGUCCAUCUGUGAAAUGAUUGUGUGUGUAUGUGUGUGCGUGCAUGCGUGUGUGUUUCAGACAGAUAUCACAAGCAAAUACCCAGCACAGAAUCACAGAGAUUAUCUUUACUUUAACCUGAUGGUAGGUGUGCAGGCACGGAUACAAGGCUUCACUGUGGAACAGAUGAAUUGUAGAAAUCUUGGCCUCGAAAUUAGAAACUGUGACAGAUCCGUGACAGUUAACUUGAUUAAGUGGCCAGAAAUUAAUCACAAUCCUGAAGGUAAAAAAUCAAAACUAAGGAGCUCCCGCUGAGUGGCAGGUGCCCAGCUCCAUCAUGGGUUCACUGGUCCCUGACGUAUGACGCAUGCUGGACUCCCGUCUUGGUGGGUGACACCUGCCAUUAUGUUCUGAGGAUCUAGGAACCAGAGUACAAAGAUAAAGAUGUUAAUUCCUGCUCUGGAUGCUUCAAUUCUGGUCAUAGGUAGAAUCAACUAACCCUUCGGCAAAUGAAAUUAAAUCAUGAUACGUAAUUCAGUAUUAACAAACCCUGCAUUCAGAUGUUUGAAUGUGCAUUCAUAUCAUGGACUUGAUUUAGACCCUGUUAACGGGGCCAGUAAGCAAAAAUUCAAUCAAUCCUAUCUUAAGUAGGGAAGCGUCUAAUUUUUGUUUCCAUCUGUUAGGUGGGCAUUUCCCUUUGUAAGGUACAGUGGUCUAACAUUUAGAAAGUCUUGCUUUGGCUUUUUAUAUCCCAGCAUUUGAACAGAAACAAAACACAUGAAUUACAGUUUUUUAGCAAGUGGUCAUUAUUUCUUGUUUUGUUUUUUUAUUGUCUGGAUCAUUUGAAAGAAAAAGGGAGAAAUUACUUUCUAGUUGUUACUGGCCGGUACAGUACCUCCCUUUGUAUUUCUGCUUAUUUAUUUAGAUGAUAUGAAUUUUAAAGGGCUUUUUCUAUGAGUUGGAAGUAUGUUGAGCAUGCAUUCGGUUUUCCCAAUGCUAGAUAUUUAAUUGCUAUGUACUCAGUGUUUUGAUUUUCUAUACUUUCAGUUUGGUGUAUUUUUAGGCCUGUUAAUUUUUAAAUUGAUGUCUUAUUUUCACUUAAUAAUACUGUUCGACUUGUCUCUGGCACAUCGCCAUGAACUGUAAUAUUUUCAAGGAUUAUAGAUCAAAGAUAUUUAUUUAGAAGUGUACAUGAUACUGAAAUUUAGAUUCGUUAUACCUAAGGCUGAUUUUAUUAGAAGAUUAUUUUAAUGUUCUAUUAUAAAUUUUAAGAAUUUGUAUUCAGAUUGUAUGUAAAACCUGUAACAUGUUGAUGGUACUAUUCACGUGGUUCUAUGAGAGACAUUCACAAAGUCUGCUGUGGGGGGGGGGUCCCCAUCAUUGACAAAGCUCUUCUGUUUAACCCUCAUGAUUUCUGCAUACAGGAAUUCAGUGAUGGUGAUUUCUGCCAGUUUUAUGUCAAGAUAAGUCAGAAUUUCCCUCCCGUUCACCUCGUUUAGGUCACUAUCAAAGUCCUCAAUAAUCCAUAGUGUCAUAUUCACCUAAAGGCCACCAGGGCCACUGCAUCCGACAUGGAAGGCCUCACACAGAGGUGAAAGGCACAGACAGUACCCAGUUCCAGAGAAAUCACAUGUGUCCUCACUGCUUCCCAGGGAGGGUAGGGGAGCACAGGAACAUACUGAUAUCUUGACUUAAAAUAAGCAUGAAAUCUCAACUAGAAAAAUUAGGGCAACUUAAAAAAAUGUAACAUUUAUUGCAUGAAUUGGAGUAAUUCCACCUGGUGACGAAAAACCUUGUUAUAUCACACGUAAAAAAAUUCAUUCCAGUUUACUAUAAUGUGAUUUUUUUUCUGUCAUUGGAAAGUACUGACAACCGUUUGUAACUAAUCUUCCUUAAAGACUGUAUUUGAGGGUAACAGAUCAAGCUUGUAAUUUAAAAUUACACCAAUGGAGUGUCUCAGAGAGUUUAUUUGAACCCUGGAGUGCUGAGAAAAACAGCUUUAAUGUGACAAUAAAACGCUUUGAGAAAUUGGUC